AUGCCGAUUCACGAGUUCGGUCAAACGACUGUCCAAGUUCCGUGUGACCCGUCGAUAGGACGCGGGCAUUUCAUGGGAAUGUCGACGACGUCGGGUCCGGACGCGUCAACGACAGGGUCGACGUGUGUUGACUCGUCACCAACGCACCAGUCUGUCACCAGCACCAUGGGUUUCCUGAGUGAUUCCGCGUCAGCUACUCCUUCUCGUGUCGACGGUCGUCGGAGCAAUAAGCCGGUCAUGGAAAAGAGGCGCCGUGCGAGAAUCAACACAUGCUUGACAGAUCUCAAGUCGCUUAUUUUGGACGCCAUGAAAAAAGACCCGUCCCGUCAUUCAAAGUUGGAGAAAGCCGACAUUCUGGAAAUGACCGUCAAGCACUUGCAGAACGUGCAACGAGCCCAACUGGCCCUGGCCGUGGCCCGAGAUCCCCGGGUGCUGGGCAAAUUCAAAACCGGGUUCGCCGAGUGUGCAACGGAAGCCAGUCGGUACAUGACCCGGAUCGAGGGUUGCGACACGGGGCUGCGAACCCGCAUGUCCACCCACUUGACAGCCUGUGUGGCCGGGUUGCAGUCACUCACGCCGCUGGCCUUCACCGCCAUGGCGGCGCCGAGUCUGGCGGCGGCCAACGUGAACAUCCCGACUGGCGUCCUGCUGCAGCAAGCAGCCGCCAACUCGGGACACGCGUCUGCUACUGCUGCUAACGAUCGAGUAGCUGUUAAUCCUGCGAUUGAAAUUCCUGUGUUGAAAUCAUCUGGGGAACUCCCAGCAGAAACAUUUGGCUUGAUCUCGACAGCAGUGAAUCUUUCAGAACCCGCACCAGAAGCAUCUGCAGUAGCUGCAAAGCUCCUUGGGAAUCUUCAAAACGUCAUCGCCAGCCGCCUUCCAACCGGAGAAAUCGCCCUGGUGCUCCCACAUCCGUCGUCCAUUUCCAGCAAACCAAGCGCGACCGAACGCGUCGACGGCACCCCUGACGACGAUACGAUUGACACCUAUGACGAUGAUGAAAUUGACAAGACUGAACGAAUGCGUAUUCUUGACCGAGAUGUCGCUGCUCGGAAGCGCCUCGAAUAUGAAAGCGCAUCUACAUGCCGGAAUACCACGCCAGCGUCUCUUAUUGUGACAGCUACUGCUGGUCCUUGUGACCUACGGACUUCGAAAGCCAGUGCUUUCACGACAGUCAUUCCUCGACGGGACGUCAUCGACACGCAUCACAAUAAUGGCAACAACAACAAUGACGAGGAUGAGAAGAUUUCUGGUUCGGGUCAGGUGUCAGGACCCGAGGAUUUGUCUUUGAAACCCAAACGCCCUGACACAUCACAAGUGUCUUCAGUUGAUGCCUCUGCAUCGUCGUCAUUGGGUCCAAACAAGCGGAAAUUCGUGUCUGAACCUGUUUUAACGGCGAUGAAGGAUGUUGAUCAUGCGAAAGCUACGAUGUGGAAGAAAGGUCGUCGCAGUGACGGAGAUGUUCCUGACAGCAUGUGGAGACCUUGGUAG